CUAUCUCCGUUGCUCUCUCCCUCUUCCUCUGCAGAUAACACUCCAAAUUUUGUCUCUCUUUGACUCUUUGUACGGAAUUGCAUAAAGCAUAUAAACCACUUUUACACACUUCUCAAACUACAUGGACUCACUCCCAUCAUUUUCCCGGCCGCCGGAAACCCCGACGGAGCCCAUGGAGUUCCUCUCCCGUUCUUGGAGCAUCUCCGCUCAUGAAAUCUCAAAAUCCAUCGCGCCUACCCAAUCCUCUGUGAAGAACUUCUUCGGCGGACCUUCCAAUGCCGCCCUUUAUCUCGCCGGCGACGGCGGACCCAUUUCCGAGGGAAACGCCGGCGAGCUUGUUGAAGCCGCCUCUGUUUCCGGCAACCCUUUUUCGUUCGCUUCUUCCAACACUUCUCAGCUUAUCAUGGAGCGCAUCAUGUCUCAGGCGCAAGAUGCAUCUCCGCGCACAUCCGGGCGGCUCUCGCAUAGCAGCGGCGGUCCUCUCACAGACAGCACGCCGGCCUCCCCUUCCGACAUGGACGACGGCCACAAGCUGUUUUGCAGAUUAAACAAUCUGCAAAUGAACUAUAAUCAUCAGUAUAGGAGCAACAAUGCAACCCCUAAAGUGGCAGUGAACGGAGGAGGCUGCAAGACGGUGGGAAGGUGGUUCAAGGACAGGAAAGAGAAGAAGAAGGAGGAGACGAGGGCCCACAACGCACAGUUACACGCCGCCGUUUCGGUUGCGGGGGUAGCUGCUGCCGUCGCCGCAGUGGCUGCGGCAGCGGCAGCUUCUACCUCCGCAUCCUGCAAGGACGAGCAGAUGGUCAAGACCAAUAUGGCCGUGGCGUCUGCUGCCACUCUGGUGGCGGCACAGUGUGUGGAGGCUGCAGAGUCCAUGGGGGCAGAGCGGGAACAGCUGGCAGCGGUGGUCAGUUCCGCCGUUAAUGUCCGCUCCGCUGGUGAUAUCAUGACACUCACCGCCGCUGCCGCUACUGCCCUGAGGGGUGCGGCGACGCUGAGAGCGAGGGCAUACAAGGAAGAUGUGUGGAAUGUGGCGGCGGUGAUUCCGGUAGAGAAAGGAUUUGGGGGCAAUGGGAGUUCUUCUUCUUCAAGUGGGGAGCUCAUCAGUAAUGGCCACCAUCUUCUUCCUCUUCCUGAUGACAAUUUUCUUGGGAUCUGCGGCCGGGAAUUGGUGUCCAGAGGUGGUGAGCUGCUAAAGCGGACCCGAAAAGGUGAGCUUCACUGGAAAAUUGUGUCUGUGUACAUCAACAGAAUGGGUCAGGUUACAUUGAAGACAAAGAGCAGGCAUGUUGCUGGGACCAUCACCAAAAAGAAAAAGAAUGUGGUGAUGGAGGUGUUGAGGGAUCUCCCCGCGUGGCCGGGACGGCACUUGAUGGACGGGGGCGAGAACUUGCGUUACUUUGGGCUGAGGACUGUGUCGGGGAGGGUGGUGGAAUUCGAGUGCAGAGAUCAGAGGGAAUGUGAUGUGUGGACUCAAGGGUUUUCAAGGCUUCUAACUUAUGCAGCUGAAAGGAGGAAGGGGGGCAUUCUUGGACAUGCCAGAUACCAUUAAAAUGGGAACUCUUUGAAAAUGCUUUGUGGCUCAUUUUCCACCCUUAGUUAAUUAAUCACAUGUUGCCAUUAGAGUACAUAUAUGUAUUGUUAGUUUUAUGCUACUAAUCUCAUGUGUUUUGGGAUUUGGGUGUUNGUGGGGAGUGGAUGUCUUUGGAGUUUAUGCAGCUAAUCAUCUUUCACUCUCUUUAGAUUCCUAAGUCUUCGUAUUGUAAAUGAAAGUUAAUCCCAAAA